CUGGGUUUCGAGUUUGACCAUUACUACAAGGAAUUCAGUGACUAUGAUGUUGACAACAUCGACCCCAACGUGUUCGUUGUUGACCGCAGUAUGCAGUGCAUUCCGCUCAGGGGUCCUGGGUGGCGUAACUUCGCCACAUUGAACCCCAUGAAAGAGUUCGUAUAUCCCGAAGACGACGCACACGUUGACACCGAGUUUGACAGAUUCAAGGCUGAACACGACAAACAAUACGCCAGUGAAGUGGAGCACGCUAAACGCUUGAACAUCUUCAGACAGAAUCUACGAUUCAUUAACUCUAACAAUCGCGCGCGGCGUGGCUUUACUUUGUCUGUGAACCACCUGGCUGAUCGCACUGACGACGAGCUGGCGGCUUUACGGGGACUAAGAUACAAUGGAUCCGAACCUACGGGUCUACCCUUCCCAUACGGAGAAUCCGAGUUGAAAGAGAUGCAAAUGAUACUGCCUCCCGAAAUUGACUGGAGGCUGUUCGGUGCUGUCUCACCAGUGAAAGACCAGUUGUGCGGUUCGUGCUGGUCGUUUGGAGCGGCCGGUGCUGUAGAGGGCGCGCUGUUCUUACGCAACGGCGGCAAUCUCGUUCGUCUCAGUGAACAGGCGCUCAUCGAUUGUUCUUGGGGCUUCGGUAACUUGGGCUGCGACGGUGGCUCGCCAUCCAGGGCUUACCAGUGGAUCAAGAAACACGGUCUGCCCACUGAAGUGGACUAUGGCGGUUACUUGGGGAAGGACGGCUACUGCCACGUGGACAAUGUGACACUGGUGACAACUAUCAAGGACUGGGUCGAUGUCACCCCCAACAAUGAGAUCGCCCUUCGUCUGGCAAUCUUCAAGUACGGUCCGGUAUCGGUGGUGAUCGACGCUUCGCAAAAGAGUUUCAGCUUCUACUCUCACGGAGUAUACUUUGAACCAAAUUGCAAAAACAAAAUAUACCAAAUGAACCACGCAGUCUUGGUGGUAGGAUACGGCACCUUCAACGGACAGAGAUACUGGCUCGUUAAGAACUCCUGGUCGAACCGAUGGGGAAACGAUGGAUACGUGCUCAUGUCCUCCCGAGACAACAACUGCGGUGUGGAAAAUGCGCCCGCCUACGUACUCAUUUAG